AUGGCUGAUUCAGUUGAAUUGCGUAUGAGCGUAACGUCUAUCAAAAGAGUAGAUCCAUAUGUAAAAAAUAUUUUAGCAAGUGCUACUCACGUCGCAUUAUAUAUUUUCAACACAUCUAUUAACGAAUGGGAGAAAACAGAAACUGAAGGUGCGCUAUUUAUAUAUAGUAGAAAUGGGGAACCAUUUCAUAGCAUGAUGGUUAUGAACAGGUUGAAUACCGACAACUUAUUGGAACCGAUUGUAAAAGACUUUGAUUAUCAGAUGCAAGUACCUUUUCUAUUAUACAGAAAUUCCAAAAGCAAAAUAUUUGGUAUUUGGUUUUUUAAUCGAGAAGAGUGUAUACGCAUUACCUUUAUGAUAGAAUCUCUCAUGGAAGGACUAAAAGACAAAAACGACGACAAAUCGAAGAAACUCGAGAACGGCGUCGAUAUAUUCAGUAUGUUAACAAGGGCUCAAGAAGAUUUCAAUAGAACACCUACAAAGCAUGAUGGACUUCCAGCAUUUUCAUCUACUCCUAGAGUGCCAGAUGUUACAUCUCAGAGUGUCAUGGAUUUUUUUGCAAAAGCAAGCACUAAGACAUCUCAAAAACCUAGUGUUUCUGGUGGUAAUGGUGAAAAUGUUUUGCAAAGGCUAAUGUCCAAUCCAGCUCAUAGUGUGGAACAUAUAGAAAAGCAGCAACGUUCUAUAACACCCCAAGACCACCUGAAUACCAGACAAUGCCCCUCAAACAAUGCAGAUAGGAGAAGUGUUCCAAUCUCUAUUCCAGGUAGCAGCUCUGUUGAUACUAAAAUAUACCCAGAAAAUGGGGUAGGUGUGCACUCUUCUUCACUUCAGAAAUCUCAACCACAAACCACUUCGCCCCUUGCCUAUUUAUUGCAGAAUCAAAGCAGAACUCAGACUGAGAAAGAAGAUAAUAAUGAUCUUCUAGGAUCUUCACCAUUUGCUCAGUUUAUGGAUAUACACAAACCUCAUUUGAUGACCCCAAUGAUGUUCACUACUCCUAAAGCCAAGGAAACACUGAAUAAUUCAUCAGACAGUCAAGAGGAUCAAAUUGAUCUGUUGACAGAAAAGCAGCUAGCACAGGCUCUUAUUUAUCUUUUGAAAAAUAACCAAGAUUUCACAAAACAAAUUCAUGAAGCUUAUGUGAAAUCUAUAAUGGAAAGAGUCAAUUUGAAUAGCAAAUCUUUGAUGUAGAUCUAAAAGGAUAGUAAUUUAUUAAUUUUUACUGUUUGACUUCAUCUUGAUAGCAGUUGCUUUUUUUAAAUGCUACAAGUAUGAUAUUACAUAUGACUGAACUUUGAACUAAGGAAAAGAAUAAUUUUGAUUUUAUUUUUUCAUAGGUGUAGUAUAGUUACUUGGAUAAAGUUUUAAUUUUGUAAAUAUUUUUUGGUUCUUCAGUCAAACUUUUCACAAAAUGACAAAACAACUUUCUAAUUCAUUCAUCAUUGAUAUCUUUGCAAGAUUGGUAUCAAUGUUUGUAUUAAUUCUGACUAGAAAGUUAUUUAUUCCUCAUUUCUCAGGUUCACAUUUGUUUGAUGGAAUUGUCACCUCAAUAUCAAAACUCAAUUUGUAAAUAAUGAAAAUUUGGAUCAUAAAAAAUCACAAGAUUAUUAUAGAUAUGAUUAUCAAGGUUACAGAAAGUUGUAUUUGAACAUUUCAUCUCUAUAUUUAUUCAUCUGAUUAUCAAAUUAUUGUCAGAAAAUUCAAUUUACUGCCAUCCAUUUUUGGAGUAUUUCCCAGUUCCAUAAUACAAUUUGAAUACACUGUUAUUGAAGUAUUAUUUCUCAAUCAAAAUAGUACAUUAGUAGUUUUGAUAUGGAUGGAAAAUAUGAAUCUUGAAAACAUAAUUGAAUUACAAUGCUUACAUAACCUUCUUGAAAAUAUCAGUUUUCCUACCAACACUGUAAAAGUUACAUAGGUAUACUUUAUCUGAGUGUUUAAAAUUUAAAUUGACUUGAAUUUUUAUUGAACAAUUUUAUUCAUUUGCUAGCAUAUAAUUCAUUAUUUAUUAUUUAUAUCAAUUAUAUGAUUAUCACAUUAGUGAAGAGGUACAUGAUUUUGAACAUCUGUAAUUUUUAUUGUUGAUUAUUCAUAAAAUUAAUGACAUGUUCUGCCUUGUCCAAGUUACAUUAGUACUAAUAAAUCCAGUGAUAUUUUUAAACGAAAAUAUAUGUUUGAAGUAUUGUCUCCUGAUGUAUAUAUAUUUUAAAUUAUUGUUCAGUGUCCAUAUGAUGCAAAUAUUUUCAAUAAAAACUUCCUGAACUGU